AAUUACAUAAAGAAUAAAUGCUGUCAACCUUUCGAUUUUCGACAAGAAAACUAUCUGAUACUGAAGUCAUACUGACCCCAUCUAUUUCAGAUAAAAUGUUAAUAGAACGCAACUACUUCGUUUUCUUAACGACAUUCUAUUUAAGCAUAAAUAUUGUAGACAAUUUUAUGUUCUCUUUCUAGAUUCUAACAUUCACUUAUAAGAAUAACUAUAUCUGUAUAUACAUCCGAAUAUGGGCAAUGUAUGUUUUUGACUUUAUUUAUCGUUUCUCGUUAGUAGUUAAAAAUAAAAUGCAAUGUUUUUAUCGACAUACUAUUCGAAAAUUGUUAAAUAUCGUUUAUAUCAGAAAGGUAAUGAAGAAAUAUGAUACAAUGGAUUUUUCAUAUGUAAACAUUUUUAUAAAUAAAUUUUUAAAUUGAAAAAAAUUUUCUUUUUUUUUCAUUUAGAUAACAACGACAACAAAUUAUGAUACUAUUAUUCAUGACUAUUAUCCAUAUUCUGUACUUGAACAAGAUAAUGAAAAAAUAAGUCAUUUUUCAUAUGGUCUUAUUAUAUUAAACUAUGCACAGACUAGUGUAUCAAAACUUUUAACAAAAUCAUUAUGGUCAAAUGCAAAAAUUCGUGCAUGUGCUGAUGGUGGUACAAAUAUUUUAAAAGAUCAUACAUUUUCAUUAAUAUCAUCAUUAAAUGAUAAAACUCAAUUUAUACCAGAUUAUAUUAAUGGUGAUAUGGAUUCUAUAACUGAAUCAAGUAGAAUUUAUUAUAAUCAAUUUAAUGUACCAUUUAUUUAUACACCAGAUCAAAAUGCGACUGAUUUUGUAAAAUGUUUAAAAAUUAUGUUAGAUCAAACACAAAAAUCAAAAUUAGAUAUGAUUUAUAUAUUUAGUACAUUUGGUGGUCGAUUUGAUCAGGCAAUGAGUAAUAUACAUACAUUAUAUUUAUAUCCAACACUUCAAUUAUAUUUAGUUACCGAUGAAGAUAUUACAUUUUUAUUAAAACCUGGACAUAAUCAUAUACAUAUUAAAUCAAGUUUACGUGGAGAUUAUUGUAGUCUUUUACCAAUAGCUGAAUCAACAAAUGUUAUUACAAAUGGUUUAAAAUGGAAUUUAAAUAAUGAUACGGAAUUAAAUUUUCAUUCAUUAAUUAGUUCAUCAAAUACAUAUGAUGAAAAUUUAUUAAAAUCAGAUAUAAUUGAUUAUGUUCAUAUUUAUACCGAAAAAUAUUUAGUUUGGUCGAUGACAUAUAAUUCUAGUCAUAGUCAUCGUUAA